AUGUCUAACAACCCCGACACUACAGAGCCCUUCUCAGAUAUCCACGCGUCGUACUCUCCACGAUCAACACCGUUGCAGCGCGCCAAACAUUCUCCCGACGACGAGCUCCGCGAGCAACAGCAGCCUGGCGAUGCGCCAGAGGACGAUGACGAUGACGAUAUACCGUAUCCCGAGCCUAGUUUCGAGCAGCCGUUGCUACCACCACCGAACUUCCGACCUUUCUUUACUCUAAUCGAAGAUACAACGUCGGGCGAGCACUACCACCCGUAUACACACUAUGUCUUUGCAGAUGACGACCCGACCAUCAUAACCGCCGCAUCGAUGCGAGGCUUAGGGCUGGAUGACACAAAGUACCUCCCACAGGAUGCGCCAGGUGGUGGUGAGAGACGACGCAACCAGGGAAGUGAAGAAGGAGACGAGCAAGCCUCACCAGUCGAGUCGCCACUUCCCCCACCUAUACCGGGUGUCAAGGAACACUACCUCAUAAUCGAUGUCGCGGCGGACGGACGAACCAUCGCAGAUGCGCAGUCGCUUUCAUCGGAGUGGCAGAUAACGGAAACGGAUGUGCGAACAGCUCCGUCGUUCGAUGAGGAUGCGCCAGACCAAGGGUACAUGCUCCGGAUUCAGGGCGUUGAGAUACCGAGGAAGAGCAAGGGAAAGGGUCAGGCUGGACUGGACAGGCUGAACGAGGCGAGGGAUCAACAAGCCGAUAUCUUCGAUGCAUUAGACGGAUUAGUACAGGGUAUCGAAGGAGGACUGGAGACUGCGGGCAAGAUCUCGGGCGCGAGGUCAAGAAUAGGCGAACAAGGCACACUGGCCGAUGCUCGUGAGGAUGAUAUAAGCAAGACGGUGGGUGAUCAAGCAUGA